AUGCUAUCCGCAAUGGCGCUGCGGCGUAUUGCCAUUGUCACUGCUCUGGUAAUCUGUGCGACUGCUCAACAGUGCUGUAAGAUACUUUCGACCGUUUCUCAUGCUCCCGACACUGAGCAACCCUGCUCCUCAGCAGAAGGCUCAGCCUGCUGCCCAGAAAAAUGGCAGUGCCUUGACAAUGGCCUUUGUCACUAUCCUGCUAAUAACUUGUACGGCAGAUAUAGCUGUACCGACAAGAGUUGGAAGUCGGAAGCCUGUCCCUCCAACUUGUGCACCUACGAUCUCAAAGCUGCUGGUGGCGAGUCAAUAACACAAUGUCCCGACCACAACGACCAAUGGUGCUGUAACGCUGACGCUGUGCACGUCAAUUGCUGCCAAGAGUCUCCAUCACCGCGACCCUUCUUUGCCCUGCAGAAUCCAGCAGCAUAUGCCACCGUUGGCUCCACGACAGCGUCAACCGUACCGAAUCUUGCAAGCAUAACAGGCCAAGCAAGUGGGGGUGGCUCUGGAGACCAGGCGUCAACAUCGCCAAAAUCUGUACCCCCAUCUUCUUCAACUUCGCCCGCAUCCUCGUCGCCAAUUUCAAAUACCCUAUCGUCUCCUACCUCACCUGAUUUACCUGCGUCGGUAGACUCGCGCUCAACUGCUACACCAUUCACUUCGAUAUUCUUUAGUCUUUCGUCAGGGUCUACCGGAUUUGUCAGUGUUCCUGUCACAAGCUUCCUGCUGCCUACUUCAGGAACUAGCAACUCAGCAAACGGUCGCGGUAACGGGCGCGGAUCAAACUCAAAUUUGGGAUUGAUAAUUGGCUGCGCAGUAGGCAUUCCUUUGGGACUUGGAUUGAUUGGCAUCAUCUUCUUACUUUUCCGGAAGAGGCGCCAACAAAAGAGUGACUCCUACAGUAAAGCCGAUGGGGCGGGCGAAGACAACCCAAACAUUGCAGGUGCUGCUGGCGCCAAACUGACGAAGAGGGAGAUGUACCGCAACUCCGCGUCUGCUGCUGAAAUAGAUGGAAAUCCUAUAGGCGUUGGGCGACCAGUCUCCACUGUUCAGGGCCACGCAGAACUGGCAUCAGGAAAUGGAUUCCAUGCAGGACACAGCACGCCCUACGGACCAGACGCAGUUGGCAUCGGUGGCGGAAACCUCCAUCCAGAUCGAAACACUUGGGAUAGUUUUCCACCCCAAUACUCACCAGGGCAGAACCAAGCGGCUUUCAAUCAUCCAGAAGCGAGCGAGUUAGCAGAUACAAGCAUAAGGCCAGCCGUUGAUGAGAAGGGAGAACAGCAGUAUGUGGCAUACAGACCGCAACUAGCAGCUGAGAUGCCGACUAUCACAACCUCACCCGAGGAUGCGGAGAAGUAG